AGGAAUUUAAGCAAUCGUCGUAAUUAUUUUCUUUUCUGCUGGCUAUCCAUUCCAUCAAAAACUUUAAAAAAAAAAAAAUCUUCAUUAGUGGAAUGCCCGCCAACUUCGGUUUCUCCUCACUCUCUCUCUCUCUCUAGACGUUCUACAUUGUUCUGAGUUCCGGCAAUAUGUGCUCCUCCUCGGCCGCUGAUUUGUUUCUUGUUUCUUGACCAAAAAUAGGAACUUCUCUGAUUCGACCAAACAAAGAAUCUGUCUACCCCCCCAAUCAAACGCCCCGAUCCCUCGUCCCCUCUCUUCCCCCCAACCUCCAUGAAACUCUCAAAGAUUUUCACCUUAAACUCUCUUUUAUCUUUUGGAAAUCCUGUUUGAUCCCCUUGUGUUCUGUUUUAGUUAUGGGCCUGUUGUAACUCACCCAAGAAACCCUUCAUUUGGUUCCAUUCGAUUCUAUUUAAGGUCUGAUCAUCUCGUGUACUCGGUUCUCUGCGUUUUAUCGUUUUGAUUUGAAUGUGAUUGUAUCAUUUCUCGAUGCCCUUUUAGUUUUCAUGUUUCGCCCUCUUGCUUUUCCAGGUUAGUAAUUGUUGAAUGCGCCAGACAAAUAUCAUGUGCCAUCUUGCCGACGAACGUGGGGCAUCGAGCUCUGAUGGGAAAGGAACGGUAUUCAGAGAUUCGAAGAUGCAGCAGAACCUCGCACAGCUCGAGGAGGAGCUCGAAUUCCUCAGAGAACGAUUGAGCUCGUCCGAGGAAGAGCGAGACUGGGCGCUGAAUGAGCUCAAACGGACGAGGAAGGAGGCCGAGGAGGCCAACUUGAAGCUCCAAGAGGCCUUCACCCCCCGUAAAAUGCCAGAGAUUUACACCGAGCUUAACUCCGUCAAGAAGCUGCUUGCAAGUGCCACCCAGGAAUUGAAGACCAAAGAAAGUGAUAUCGAGACCCUCCGGAUCGAAGCUGAGAAGCCAAAGCAGCUGGAGCUCAAGAUUGCGGAGAAAGAUGCGGCGCUGAAGAAGUUGAGCGACCAACUGGCUGAAUUGAGGAACUCCAUCUCCGACCCGGAGGACAAGAAGAGGAUCGGGGAGCUGGAGGAAGAGUUAGCGGGGCGAAAGGAAGCAGAAUCGAAGGUUUUUGAGUCCUUGAUCGCAAUGACGAAGGAGCUCGAACAAACCAAGAUCUCGCUCGCGGAGUCGAAGCAUGAGAUUUUUUCUCUGCGAGAGAAGCUCGAGGGCUUUAGUUCAGGCUCUGGCUCUUCGAGGAAAAGUGGGAGCAAAGACAUCUCAUCGAAGAGGAAUUGUUUUAGGGACAGCAUCUCGAUGGAGGAGAAGUUGGAGUCCCUAAAUUCCGAGCUCCAAACGGCAAGGGAGAACCUUGCAAGGGCCCAGGAUGGGGAGAAGCAGGCCCUGGUGAAGGCCCAGAACUUGCUCGGCGAGAUCGGGAAGCUAAGGAACGAGCUGAAAUCAGCGAACGAGGCAGAAGAGAACGGCAAGAAGGCCUUGGAUGACUUGGCGUUGGCAUUGAAGGAAGUAGCGACCGAGUUGGGUGAAGUUAAGCUGAAGCACGACCUGGCACUAGCAGAAUUGGAGCAUUGGAGAGGAGAGGCCGAUAACGUGAAGUCCAAGGCAAGGAGUUCAGAGGAGAAGUACAGGACCCUUCUGGACGAAGCCAGGAAGGAGGCAGAGAAGUACAAGAACACCGCGGAGAGGCUGAGGCUAGAAGCCGAGGAGUCGCUCUUGGCCUGGAACGAUAAGGAGACCAUGUUCGUUGGGUGCAUUCGAAGGGCCGAGGAGGAGAAGACGCUUGCCCAACAAGAAAACAUUCGGCUCCUUGAGAAUAUCAGAGCGGCUGAUAAAAUGGUCAGGUCGUCCAAGGAGGAGAACAUCAAGCUGAGGGACAUACUCAAGCAGGCAAUCAACGAGGCGAAUGUGGCAAAGGAGGCUGCUAGCAUUGCGAAAGCCGAGAACUCGCAGCUCAAGGACGGCCUCGCGGAGAAGGAUGACGCAUUGGAUUUCCUGACACGGGAGGUCGAGAUACUACGGGCCAAUGAGAUCGCUGGUAUGGAGAACAUCAAGGAGCUGAAGAGGCUGAUUGCCGAGGCACCGCCGCCGCAGACUGAGGAGAAAGAUCUGCAGCGGUCAUUCCGGAAGCAGGGCUCGAUGGAGAAGGAACAGACGAAGGACGGGAGGAAGCUGGGCAAAGCAUUCAGCUUCAACCUCAAGGAGCUUAGGAUUCACACAAAGCAUAGGGAUUUAGACAGCGGCGAGGAUAAUAACAGUAGUAAUAGUUCUAAGAGCAAAGAUGGUGAGGGGAACAAGGCGGAGGAAGCCGACUCCCACGAGGACAAGGAUUCGCCGGCCGACCCUCUGAAGGGGUCUAUAUUCGACGCGGUGGACUCACCGGUCUCGGCAGCCCACCACAGGAAGAAGUCAUCCUCGGGCUUCACGAGUGACGGGGAGUCAGUGAAUCCCGAUGAACUCGAUCACCUGGAAGCGGCCCACCUCGAUGACCUAGAGAAUGGGAGGUUCUCGAGGAGGAGGAGCCGGCUGCUGAAGAGGUUCGGGGACCUUCUCAUAAGGAAAAGGUCUUACAGCGAGAUCAAACAUAAUCGCUAGAGAGCACUCAAUUAUCGUUCUCUUCCCGUAUAUGGUGACCGCGAAAACAUCGUAGACAUAGGAUGAAAAAUAUUAGUACAUAUCGAUUAAUCUACUUUCUGUUCAUUUUCACCGGACAACACAACAAUAUCGUCCGAAAACCGAAAUCAAUUGUUGUACAUUGUAUUGCACAGAGUUAAUUAAAGAGGAUUUCAAUGCAUUGUCCGUCAA